AUGGAUCAGCAGCAAGCACAGCAGGAAGAGGGAAAUGUCAUGGGUGUUGUGCGUUCUGCAUACGAAAAGGGUAGAACAUCCUUUAUGAUGUACAAGAAACGUUUUUGGGUAGUUGAUGAGUCUCAGGCUCGUCUUGAAGUGUACAAGAACGAUCAGGAACCUUUUCCACAAACGAAAUUUGAUGCUUCAGAUGUUCGCGGUGUAGUGUUCUCUGGUGGAAAACAAAAUAAAUUUUUUGGCCUUGCUUUACAGCUACGAAAAGGUCGUAAUAUUAAAUUUCGACUGAAUUCAAUAGAAGAUAGAGACCGAUGGUAUAAUGCUAUAAUGAGACUUAUUAAAAGGAAUUCAGCGUAUAAUCAUGAUCAAAAUGUCUUGCGUGUUGCGCAACGACGAACAUUAACAGCAGAACGGUUACUUGGUGUAAGUAUAACUCUUACCGUUGCGAGACUAAGUGAUAUUCCUGAUGAUAUUCUACAGUAUUUAGUAGAUGCAGUAGAUGCUGCUAUUGAAACCAUUUCAGAAGUAGUUCAUACAUAUGGUGGUGAUAUGGAAAUUCCACGUCGAUAUAUAGUUACAGUAGCUUCUGCAGAUUCUCAAACACGUUGUGGACCUCAAUAUGAUCCUAGUACAAGUAGUCUUGUACUUCAAGUAUUAAUUACUCGUGAUAUAUUUGGACAUGUUCGCUUUAAUGUUGCUGAUCCUAUUGAUAUUAUAGACAUGACUCAAUCACAUGUUUGGCGUGAUCCACGUAUUGAAGGAUGGAUUAGUACAAACCCAAAAUGUAUGGCUGUAUGUCGUGAAAUUGGUGAAUUACUUGGACUUAAAAAAAGUUUUUCCUUUACGUUUCAAUGGGGACAAAAUAUGCGGGAUACUGAACGUGUAGGAAGAUAUUUACAUCGUUAUGUGCAUGAAGAUUUCUUACGUUCUGUAGAAAUGCAAAUUGUAGAAGUUGCUGAAGAUUUUAAACGUUCACAAGGUUCAAAUGAUGAUGUGCAAUAUAUUAAAUACAUUGGUGAUUAUGUUUCUGGUAUAGCUAUUACUCUUGAUGAAGUUACCGUAAAUGCGGAUAGACCUCCAGAUCUUUCUGUAGUAACAACUGUAGAAUAUCAAAGACGUUGUCGACGUGCGGUAUUAAUAACUUCAAAAUAUCUUGAAGCGUACCGUCAACCGCGUGUAGUAAGUAAAACAUUACGUGAUCAACUUGUGGAAGUUAUUCUUUUAGCAGAUCUUAGCAGACGAUUAAGUGAGAGUAAGUCUGCAUUUUCUCAAGUAUUAGGAGGAGAAAAAAGUGUAAAAUUUUUAUGGGAAAAUCUUCUUCUUUCUUGUGCACAAAUAAAUGUUCCAUUAAAACAACGUAACCUAUCACAAUUAGUUACUUCUUGUACUAAUAUUUAUUUGGAACGAUUAGAGAGCGUUGAACAAUUAAUGUCUGGAAUAGAUUCCCCAAUUGAUGGUACAGUAUAUCCUUUUGCUGUAAUGUUUAAAAAUGUAUACUCUAUUGUGGUGGAUUUUGUUCCUUUUAUACCAGGAAGUAUGACGACAUUACCAGAAUUAAGAUUUCGACAAGGUAUUCUUACAGAUUGCAUUGUAUGUUCUGUAGAAUCAACUCAAAAAGCCAUGAUGGAUGUUAUAUGUCGACACCGACCUGUACCACAAAUAAAUCAAGCAUAUGGAAUAACACGUAAUUUAUUUGUUUUUCCAUCUGUACUCGUCACUACAUUUAAAGAUUGGUGUGAACGGGAGUUAUGCAAUACUCAAACACCAGUAGAACAAAUAAAUGGUGAUGAUUCCAGUUCAUGGUCUUCAUCUCCUAGUGAUGAUUUAGGAGAUGCCGUGGCGUUUGAACGUAGUGCAGAAACACAAGUUCUUGAUAUUCAUCGAGUAGUAAAUAUAGUGUAUGAUUCUCAAGGUGCAUCUGUAAAUCUUAAGAUUGGUGCAGAUGCUAUUCGUGAGGCUAUUAAUGCUCUUGAAGCCGCAUUUGAUGGACGACGAAUUCGAAAACAUGAUUUAGCACGUGUACUUAUUGCUAAUUUACGAAGAUUACGUGCUAUGUAUAGUCAAACGAUUGGAGGUGAAAUGGUAAGUUGUUUACAUCUGGAUGCGGCUGUACAGUUAUUGUAUGAAUUGUGUGAAUAUGAAGAGAAUGAGGUUGGUCUACGAGAGUUGUUGCAGCAGUAUGCGCAAGAGCGACGAAAAAUAUCUUCAGGACCGGGAAAUGAACCGAUUUCUCAAUCCAAUGAAGAUGUCCCUCGAACUUUAUCUGAUCGAAUAUAUGAUUUUCAGUGUGUUUCACAUGUAGCCCUUAAUUAUUUGCUUCCACGCGAGGCGAGAAUUGCUCUUUUAGCGUGGCGUGUUGGAUUUGUAGCGGGAUUAGAAAGUGUUGGAAAGACACUUAUUCUUAAUUCUGUCAAGGGAUAUGCACAGUCCACCAUUCCCACCGUUGGUUUAUCGCAGCGGGUAGUGGCAUUUGAGGAAUGGGUGUUUGCUAUGAAUGAACUUGGCGGCCGUGAAAGUUUUCGUGAGAAUUGGCACUACUACGUGGAACGCAUGGAGUCUAUUGAUUUUCUUAUCUUUGUAGUAGACAGUAUGCAGCGGCGAACUUAUAAAGAUGCUGCGGAAUAUCUUCUCGCUAUUACGAAUCAUUUCAAAACACUCCCGCUGGUGAUUGUGUUUAACAACUACCGCAGCGGCACCCGCGGCACUCCAACACUCGCAGACUUGGAAACAGCCGUUAAACUCGAUAAAGUACGACGUCGACACCCCGAUCGUCGUGUGUUCGUCGGCACAUGCGAUAUCACAGUUGUGAGCUCCGCUAAUCGCACCGCACCGUCGUCUCUCACAUCUGCACUGCAAGAUCUCAGUGCGUAUCUACGCCAGAUAUCCCCGCCAGAUCGAAGACCGCGGAAACCGAAACAAGUAGGCGCCGCAGAAGCCAUGAUGCAGCGACUCUCCAUGUCUAUGGGAUGGAGACUUUAG